AUGGCUGAAGCUGGAUUUUCUCCAGACCAACUCAGCUGUCCGUUGUGUUUGGAUCUACUGAAAGAUCUAGUGGCCAUUCCUUGUGGACACAGUUACUGUAUGAGCUGUAUUACAGACCACUGGAAUCAAGAGGAUCAGAAGAGAGUCUACAGUUGCCCUCAAUGCCGAAAGACCUUCAGACCAAGACCUGCUUUAAAUAAAAGCACUGUGCUGGCUGAAGUGGUGAAGAAACCAAAGAAGAAAAUCCAAACUGUUGUUCCUGAUGAACAACAUGAGAAUCUCUUAAAAGGUAAUAGACAUAACUUGAUGGACACCACUGGAAACUGGAGACCUCAGAAGAUGUUGUGUCUUCAACAUGGUAAACCGCUAGAGAUUUUCUGCUGCACUGACCAGCAAUGUAUUUGUGUGCUCUGUGUGGUGGAAAAUCACAAAACUCAUGAGAUUGUAUCAACUGCAGCUGGGAGGAUUGAGAAACAGAAACAACUGGAUGAAACACAAGGAAAAUUUCAGCAACAAAUCCAGGAGAGGGAGAAGAAGCUUCAGGAGCUGAAAGAAGCUGUGGAGUCUCAGAAGUGCUCUGCACAGACAGCAGUGGAGGACAGUGAGAGGAUCUUUACUGAACUCAUCCAGUCCAUAGAGAAAAGACGCUCUGAGGUCACACAGAUGAUCAGAGAUCGAGAAAAGACUGUCGUGAGUCGAGCUGAAGGACUCGUGGAGCGACUGAAGCAUGCGAUUGAUGAACUGAGGAGGAAAAACUCUGAGCUGGAACAGCUUUCACACACAGAUGAUGACACCCUUUUCCUCUGGAGACUCCCGUUUCUGUAUGAUCCUCCUGAAUCUCUAGACAUUUUCAGCAUCACUGUCAGUUCCUAUGAUGACAUAAAAGAAUCUGUCUCUCAACUGAGACAGAAACUGGAUAAUUUCUGCAGAAGGGAGAUUGAAAAGAUGUCUGGAAGAGGGGGAUGCACUCCGACUGUUGCCAACUCUGAGUUUGAAAGCAGAAAAGAGCUCCUGAAGUAUUUCUGUCGUGUCAAUGUGGAUCUAAACACAGUGCAUAAACACCUCCGACUGUCUAAGAAGAACAGAGUGAUUGCCAGCACUAACAUAGAUCAGCGCUAUCCUGAUCAUCCAGGCAGAUUUGAUUAUUGGUGGCAGGUGUUGUGUAGUGAGAGUAUAUGUGGACACUGUUACUGGGAGGUGGAGUGGGAUGGGACUCAUGAUGUGGGUAUAGCAGUGUCAUAUGAGAGCAUCAGAAGGAAGGGACGGGGUGAUGAGUGUAAAUUUGGAUAUAAUGCUGAAUCCUGGAGCUUGGACUGCACUUCUUCGGGUUACUUUUUCUGUCACAAUAACAAACAGACUAAACUCCUUAUAGAGCCUAGUUGCUCUAGAAUAGGAGUGUAUGUGGAUCAAAAUGCAGGAAUUCUGUCCUUCUACAGCGUCUCUGACACAAUAACCCUCCUCCACAGAGUCCAGACCAAAUUCACUCAGGCACUCUAUCCAGGAUUUAGAAUUGGCUUUGGGAUAUGUUUAGCCUACUUUUUAUCAUGUACAUCAGUAAAACUACUAAACAAAUGA